AUGGCGGGCAAUGGAAGAGUUACAAAACGAUCGUCAAAUGCGUACAUACUGGAACUGCAGCAGAAGAUUGCGCGUAUAGAGCAGAGCGAAAAGGGCCAAGUGAGCCCCUUUAGCUCGAAUUUCGAUACUCAAACCAUUGAUCCCAAAGGCCGCGAAGGUAUACCUACUUUGGGGAGGACUAGUACUCCAGAGGAUCACGAUGAACCUCAGGAGCUGGAGGAUCUAGACUCUGGGCUAGCCAACCCAUUAUCAUCUGGCCCUCCUGCUUUUAUGUCUGCAGCAAAUGGCCGUACCUUCUAUCUUGGGACAUCAUCCAACUGGUCGUUCACUCGGCGAGUUCUCAGCUUGGCACAUCAGCACCUCUAUCAAGAUGCACUACCUACAGACACUUUGAUAUUUGAUGAAACGACCUAUGAACUGGGAUGGGACGGGUUACGGACAACACCGGGCCUAGAUCUUCCAGUUGUCCCGACUCGCGACCACACCAUGUAUCUGAUCAAUGCUGUGAAAUUCCGGUGCGGGCAAUUGUAUCACCUCUUCGAAGAGGAUGAGUUUAUGAGCUCUUUGCAGCAGUUCUACUCAGGAGACGGGCAAUCCAUGACAAAUAGCUUGUGGUACAUCCAUUUUCUCCUCAUCCUGGCUUUUGGGAAAGGAUUCGUUCAGCCCAAGGCUCAAGGUAAAAAGCCACCAGGGGUGUGCUAUUUCGUCAAAGCUUUGCAGCUUCUGCCUGACCCGACUGCUCUGUACCGAGACCCUAUGUUGGGAACGGAAAUCUUAUGUUGCAUCGCCUUGUACUACCAGUGUGUUGACUUUCGAACAUCGGCACAUAACUACAUUGGUCAAGCCGUGCGGAUAGCUAUGGCACAAGGAAUGCACACUAGUAUGCCAGUCGAAGCUCUAGGGCAUGACAUGGUCCAAAGGUCGGGCAAAAUCUGGUGGACCAUUUACAUUCUGGACCGAGAAAUGACCUCGUUAAUGGGUCUGCCUCAGUCCAUCAAUGACCGAUAUGUGCAAACCCAGCUCCCCACCUUUGCAGAUCCAUCAGAGACAGUGUCAUUAGGCAUGCACAUCAAGUUGUCCCAGAUUAUAGCCGAGGUGAACAGCACAAUAUAUGUUAUCAAUGGACGCAUCAACCGGACUUUUCUGCUCAGCACUAAAACAGCAUUGGCGAACAUAGCAGGGCUUGCUGAUGAGCUUCGCGAGUCAUUUCCGCUGCACUUGGACCCAGGCAGCGGAGUUUCCCGAAUAUCGGCAUACUUACAUCUUCAAUAUCACCAGGUAUGUGUCUUAUUCCUCGUGAGAAACGCAGCAUCCCCCGACUACUCACACGUUAUUCAGUGUAUCAUCCUGGCCACCCGACCUCUCCUAUUCUGCUUUCUCAAAAUCCGAUUCGAGUCCCCAGAAAGCUGUUUAGAAUCCCUCAACGCAUCCCGAAAUGUCCGAAACCUGAUGCAAAUGUGUCUUGAAUCUUCCCAGCACAUCAUCAGCAUUCUCUCCAGUUUACAGAGCCAAGGCCUCUUAGAAUCAGUGUUUGUAUCCACAAUCAUCCUCCUGAUGGGCCCAGCAAUCGACCCGCGAGUACUAGAAAGCCACCCCAACUGGCUGGAGAAAGCCUAUGCCAUCUUUGACGAAAUGAUCAGAGACGGAAACCAAGUCGCUCGAUUCCGGCGAUCCGAACUCCAACAGCUACACGAAACAUUAAUAGGAUGUAUCUCUGGCGAUCAGCCUCGACACUUAGCAGUCCAUGACUUCUUCCAGCAGGCUGAUAUUCUUCCUCACCCGGCUUCCCCUUCUACAACACCGAUCCCUGGGGCUAUACCUCAACCUAUUCGAUAUGACGAUGCGCUUCUGAGGCCGGAUCCUGAUUUAGAUGUGGAGUGUGACUUUAGCACGAUGCUGACUUCGGCUGAGAUUAUGGCUGUUGCGGACUCGAUUGAGAGUUAUGAUACUGAGUGGGUGUCAAAUGCGAUGGUAGAACAUAGUAUAUGGUAG